AUGAUCGUCAGAGAAGGAGUUGAAGCAUCUUCGUUGGGGAGGCCGGCGGCGGAGGAUCUGGAAAUGGCAGCGGAAGUGAAAUCUUGGCGGAGCCAGACUUCGUCAGAUUCGUCGCCUUCAAAUAAUAAUUCAUCGUCGCAACCGUCGUCGUGGAUUCAUUUGAGAUCGGUUCUAUUUAUCAUCGCUUCUUCAUCGACUUCAUCGUCGUCCUCAUCCUCACCAGUUCCCUCUGAUCGGGGGAGCCUUAAAUCGCCAUGGUCUAGGAGGAGAAGAAAACACGCCCUUCUUGCCAAACAAUGGAAGAGUUUAUUUGAUGCAGAUGGGAAACUCUCUGAUGGGGGAAUCAAGUUACUGAAGAAAGUUCGAAGUGGAGGUGUUGAACCAAGUAUACGGGCAGAGGUUUGGCCGUUCCUGCUUGGAUUCUAUGAUGUGAAAAGUUCACAAAAAGAAAGAGAUGCUAUUGGAGCUCAAAAAAGAAAAGAAUACCUGGACUUGCGGAGACAGUGUCCACAAAAUUUAAAAUGCGGUGAUAGAAGUUCCAAGUUGGAGAUUUCUGGAAAUAAUUGUAACGAGUCUAGUGAAUUUAAUCGAGGUUCAGAUUCUCCUGUUUUGGAAGAAGUUGCUAGUGCCAGAGCUUCUCUUUCGGUGGACGGAGUGAGCCUUGCAGGGGAGAUAUCCACAACGUCUGGACAUAUUCUACACCUUAAAACAUCCAGUACAUUAGUGGAUGAAAAAGAUGAGAGUGGAAUUAUUGAUGAAAAUAUUUUUGAAGAAACUGAUUCCGAUUCCGAUUCCUCCUCGGAAGAAUCUGACGAUAUGAAACCUCUCCUUGGUUCAAUAGAAUUGGAAGAUAUUGAAAUUAAUGAGUCCACUUCUUACAAGACGGAAAUUAGAUCCACGUCUUAUACUGCCGAAGAUUUUGCUGCGUGGCAGCGAAUCAUACGUGUUGAUGCGGUGCGUGCUAAUUCUGAAUGGAUUGUUUACUCACCAUCUGAAGCCUCAGUGUCGGAGGUGAAGGCACAACGAUUAGCUGAGAGCGUCGGAUUGAAGGAUUAUAAUCAUCUGGAGCCAUGCAUGAUAUAUCACGCGGCUCGUCUUGUUGCCAUUCUUGAAGCUUAUGCAUUAUAUGAUUCUGAGACUGGUUAUUGCCAGGGGAUGAGUGAUUUACUCUCUCCAAUUAUCUCAGUUAUAGCAGAUGAUCAUGUAGCGUUCUGGUGCUUUGUGGGUUUCAUGAAGAAAGCUCGGCAUAACUUUCGUCUUGAUGAAAUGGGAAUCAGAAGGCAAUUGAAAACCGUAUCUAAGAUUAUCAAGGGCAAGGAUUCGCAUCUCUACAAACACUUGGAGAAGCUUCAGGCAGAGGAUUGUUUCUUCGUGUACAGAAUGGUGGUUGUUCUGUUCAGACGGGAAUUAACAUUCGAGCAGACCCUUUGCCUCUGGGAGGUUAUGUGGGCAGAUCAAGCAGCAAUUCGGGCUGGAAUUGGAAAAUCUGCUUGGGGAAGGAUGAUGCUUAGAGCGCCACCUACGGACGAUCUAUUACUGUAUGCAAUAGCAGCUUCUGUAUUGCAGAAGAGGAAACUGAUCAUAGAAAAACAUAGCAGCAUGGAUGAAAUCAUGCGGGAGUGCAAUAGCAUGUCUGGACAUCUUGACGUGUGGAAACUGUUAGACGAUGCCCAUGAUUUGGUCGUGACCCUCCAUGAUAAGAUUUAG